UCUAAAUGCUAAAUGACUGAUUGACUGCGUGUUUAAAAUUCAUUAUUUUGAUUAAAAAAAUCUUAUUUCGAUUCGAUUGAUUCAUGAUUGCUUGAGUUAUAUGAGUUAUGUAAGUGGUGAUGGUAAAGUAAUGUUUAAUAGUAAUUAAUUCGACUUCAUUAUCAUUCUUACCAGGGCAAAAACCAAUAUGCCUUUACCUCCAGCAUUAGCAGCUCGUCUUGCCCAACGGGGUAUUUUAAAACCAAAUUCAAAACCCACGAUAACCGAUUCAAAACAACCAGUGCAAGCUAAUGAAGAAAUAAUAGCUGAAGAUUAUGAUAGUAAACCAGAACAAAUAGGUAAAGAACAAUUUUGGGAAGGCAUUGAAGGUGUAAAUGUUGACCCAAUAAAAGGCCAUAAAGGAUGCCCAAACAAGAAUAACAUUUAUCACGAAUGUUCUAAAUUUUGUGUAAGGAAAUGGAAGCACGGAAAAGUAACACCAAGUGAAAAAUAUUUAGAGGAAAAGCGAAGAGUUUUAGAAUUGUGGCCUUUGCCAACAGGCUGGGAAGAGGCAUAUGAUGAAGGUACAGGUUCUUUUUACUUCUGGAAUGUUCACAAUAAUUUAGUGUCAUGGCUACCUCCUUCACAUCCUUGUGCUACUCCUUGUGAAAGUGCUGCACACUUACGUGAAGAAAGAUUAAUGAAAGAGGGUGAUGAAAGUGAUGAGAGUAGUGAGGAAUCAGAUCAAGAAGUGCCUCAGCAAAAAGUGAAAGAAAAGCGAUAUGAGAGAAAGGAUCGUGACAGAGAGACAGUACAUCAUAGAGACAAAAAGAAACGAGUAAAUAAUGAUUUAGAUCCCAUGGAUCCAUCAUCAUACUCUGAUGUUCCACGAGGCUCAUGGACAUCUGGUUUAGAUGCACAUGCUAAGACUGGUGUAGAUACAACAGCACCAGGCUGCCUGUAUCAAAUGAGACCAUAUCCUGCUCCAGGUGCCAUAUUGGCUGCCAAUAAUGCUCGAAAGCGCUCACCAAGUCCACCACAAUAGUGGAAUGUAAAUCAUUCCAUAAUAUUCAUCAUGAUCUUUUAAGUACUUUUCUAUAUUUUGUUGUCUGAAAGCUUUGUUAAUUCAAUUAAACUUCAAAAAUAA